AUGAGUCGACGUGUAACGCUCACAAAUAGUUUAUCUCGGGCAAAACGAGAAUUAAAAAUGGUUCGUCGUUUAGUUAUACUUGUCAUUAUUAUAUUUGCUGUCGCUUCUCCUUACGCAUUAUUUGUUCUCAUAUCAUUUUUUACUGCUCCACCUAAAUAUCAUUUUCGUAUUGGUUAUAUAUUUAUUAAUCUAUCAGUAGCAUCUGCAAUGAUUGCAUUACUUCAGUUUACUGAUCCACUUAAAGCAUCUAUAAAAAAAAUUAUAUAUGGUCGAUUAAAUACCGUUACACCAACAAUGACAUAA